GAGACUUCUUGUAAUGUACCUAACUUCCUUAAAGUGAAAGUAGACUUUCUCCAACUCUUCAGUCUCAGCAAGCUAAUGUGUUACAUCUUGUGAUAACACAAAAUGACAGCUAUUGAAGUCCAGGGAAACCCACAGACAUCGAGACCUUGCAGAUCAAUUGGCCUCUUUAACAACAUCAAGUUUUUUGUACUGUGUCAUGGGAUGCUACAGCUUGCUCAGCUCCUGGUGUCUGGCUAUCUGAAAGGCUCCAUAACCACCAUUGAGAAAAGAUAUGGAUUUUCAAGUCAGCAAUCAGGACUGCUGGCAGCCUUUAAUGAGGUGGGGAACACCGUUCUCAUUGUGUUUGUGAGUUUCUUUGGGAGCCGUGUACAUCGGCCAAGAUGUAUUGGAAUCGGAGCGAUGAUCGCAAGUGUGGGGGUGUUCCUUAUAGCCCUACCUCACUUCAUUAGUGAGAAUUACAUUACAGACUCCAAUAAUACCACAGACAACAGUUCUGGUCUUUGCAAAUCACUGAACUCAAUCAACAAAUCUAAACAGACAUGUGAUCAAGGAAAGAGUGAUUCUCACCUUGGAGUUUAUCCAAUACUUUUACUGGGCCAGUUAUUGCUGGGCAUUGGUGGUGUCCCCAUACAACCUUUUGGGAUUUCCUACAUAGAUGAUUAUGCAGAAAAAAGGAAUUCUCCCUUCUACCUAGGCAUACUUUUCGCAAUUACUGUAAUUGGGCCGGCAUUUGGCUACAUGAUGUCAUCUGCUCUGCUUCGUUUCUAUGUUGACAUUGAUAAGAUGUCUUCAAAAGAUUUAAAUUUGAAAAAUGAUGACCCCAGAUGGGUUGGAGCUUGGUGGUUGGGAUUCCUGAUGGCUGCCACCCUCCUUCUCCUGACUUCUUUGCCAUACCUGUUUUUCCCAAGGAAGAUGUCUAGAGAGGAAAUUGUAGAGGCCCCUGUUGAGCCAUCCAGAGAAAAAUUGAUGGAGGAAAAGAACCCCAAAUCUGAAACAAAGGAAGAGGCAUCUCUCACUGAGUUCCUAAAAAGUUUCCCCAAAAUUGUAAUGAGGACUCUGAGGAACCCAAUUUAUUUGUUGGUAGUGUUGGCUCAAGUGAAUCUUGCUGCCAUGGUUGCCGGGCUGGCCACUUUUAUGGGCAAAUUCAUUGAAAGGCAGUUUGCACAGACUGCCUCCUUUUCUAAUUUGAUGAUGGGUGGCUUAAAUAUUCCUUCAGCCAUGUUAGGUAUAAUGGCUGGAGGAGUUAUACUACGCAAGUUGGGCUUGACUGUGAGGUCCUCAGCGGCGAUGUGUACGGUGGCAGUUUUUGUUAGCAUUAUGUUCGCAAUUCCACUUCUCUUCAUUGGCUGCCCCACAAAUAAUGUUUCUGGUGUCAACUAUCAUUUAUCUUCUCAGCAGUGUAGCAAUGCAUGUUCCUGUUCUGAUGAAGCCUUUAACCCUGUCUGUGGCUCAGAUGGAGUGGAAUUUCUUUCUCCCUGUCAUGCAGGAUGUAAGACAGUAGAACCCAAUGAAGAGAAAUACCUCCCACAUAACUACACAGAUUGUGAAUGUGUGGCAUCAAAUGGCUCUCCAGGCUUUGCACUUUCAGGACCUUGUGGAAAUAAGUGUGUUAAUCGGCUCAUUCCCUUCAUGAUCCUGUCCUCCAUUACAUGCUUUGUGGCUUCACUUUCCCACACUACAUCUUUUAUGAUGAUCCUCAGGACUGUGACUCCAGAAGACAAAUCGUUUGCCUUGGGAAUUCAGUUCAUGCUGUUUCGAGUACUUGCAUUCCUUCCAGCUCCAGUUCUGUAUGGCCGUGCCAUCGAUACCGCAUGCAUUCUGUGGGGAAAGAAAUGCAAUAAGACAACAUCAUGUAGCUACUAUGAUUUAGAUCUUUUCAGACACAGAUUCCUGGGACUUCAAAUUUUCUUUAUUUUUGGUGGUUUUGUCUGUUUUUUCCUGUCUUUUAUGGUGCUUAGAAGAACAUAUUCAACGCAGGAACAGAAUGAGAUAAUCAGCAAUCAGACCAAAAGUGAAAGUUCCCAGGAAAUGAAAGAUUCCAAACAGAUGUUGAACAAUUCAGAUAGACACUGCAAUACUCAAAAGAGCCUCAGAGAGUAAAGUCAGUAGUUAAUUUAAUUAUGGGAAUUUCUUUUUGUGGGGUGAAAGUUAGUAAGUUUCUUAGUAAGGCUUAAGAAACCUGGAGUAAGUGCAACUACUCAAAUAGGCUAAGUUUGACACGGGGUGAAACCAGACUGUGACUAAUUACUACAAACAGCUGCCAAUAGCCAAACAUAUAAAUGCAAAGAAAUAACGUCCACUUUAAAAUACAUGAUAUUGUUUAUGUAUUAUCUCUGCCAGUAAGCCUGAAAUAUUUUCUUUACUUCUCCUUGGAGUUUAUAUAUUUUGUCUGUGAGCACUCAGUUAUAUGCUAAAAAUGUGAAAAUGUGAGUAGCGUUAUUUGAACUCACUAUUUAGUGUAGACAAGGAGCCAAGUAUGUUGAUAUAAAUAGACCUUCUGAUGUGGUGCGACUUCCGUGGUGA